UGCAUUCCAACUCUGAAGAUUAGACAACUAGUUAAUCAGCAAAAAUUUACUUUUGUUGGCCUAACUUUUAUGUUUACUGCUUAAUUUAUUUCGCUAAUUUAAAUUCUUUAUAGCCGAUGAUCAAAGUUCAGAGAUUAAUAACAUUUAUAUAAAAUAAUUUCUUAAAAAAAAAUGUUAUUUAAUAAGCUUUUACUUUCAUCUCGCAAGUUAAUUUCUUCAGCAAGAAAUAUUAGUUAUGUUCCCAAAAAUAGAUUAGAUGGAAAAGUAGCAAUUGUAACAGCCUCAACAGAAGGUAUUGGAUAUGGAAUUGCUGAACGAUUAGGUUUAGAGGGUGCAAAAGUAGUAAUAAGCAGUAGAAAGCAAAAAAAUGUAGACGCUGCCAUCGAAAAGUUAAAAUCACAAAAAAUUGAAGCCACAGGAUUGGUUUGUCACGUAGGUAACCCCCAAGAUAGAAACAAAUUAUUCAAAGAGACUUUAGAUAAAUUUGGUGGGUUAAAUAUUUUGGUAUCAAAUGCAGCUGUAAAUCCAACUGUUGGAGGGGUUUUAGAUUGUGAGGAGCAAUCGUGGGAUAAAGUUUUUGAUAUAAAUGUCAAAUCUGCUUAUAUGUUAGCAAAAGACUCUCUUCCACAUUUAAGAAAAAAUAAAGGGGGAAAAAUUGUUUUUAUUUCAUCUAUCGCUGGGUACCAACCUUUUGAGGCCCUAGGUGUGUACUCAGUGAGUAAAACAGCAUUAAUUGGGUUAAGUAGAGCAGCAGCAGUACAAUUAGCAUCUGAAAAUAUUCAAGUGAAUUGUGUUGCACCUGGAAUUAUAAAAACCAAAUUUUCACAAGUGUUAACUUCUAAUGAUGGAUAUGGCGAAGAAACUAUGUCUGGAAUCCCAAUGAAAAGAUUUGGAGAAGUUGAUGAUAUAUCAGGGGUUGUUGCAUUUUUGGUGUCAAACGAUGCGAAUUAUAUAACCGGGGAGGUUAUUGUUCCAGCUGGGGGCAUGCAAUCGAGACUUUAAAAUCACCUUAAAUGUUUAAAUAUGAAAUUUAAUAAAAGUUAUUUUUUAAUUCUA